CGCAGCAAAAAAUACUGAGACUGGUGAACAAGUGGCAAUCAAAAAAGUUACAAAAGUCUUUGAGAAAAACAUUCUAGCUAAACGCGCUUUACGGGAGGUGAAACUUUUGAAACAUUUCAGUGGCCAUGAGAAUAUUACAUCAAUUAUUGAUAUGGAUAUAACAAAUGUUAACGAUUUCAACGAAAUUUAUCUAUUUCAAGAACUCAUGGAAGCAGACCUUCACCAAAUUAUACGUUCAGAACAACCAUUGACAGACGCACACUUUCAAUAUUUCGUGUACCAAAUUUGUCGGGGAUUAAAAUAUAUCCACUCGGCAAAUGUAUUGCAUAGAGAUUUAAAACCCGGUAAUUUAUUAGUAAAUGCUGAUUGUGAACUUAAGAUUUGCGAUUUUGGUCUUGCCCGUGGUUUCUCAGAUUCACCUGAUCACAAUGCUGGAUUUAUGACGGAAUAUGUUGCGACACGAUGGUAUAGAGCUCCUGAAAUAAUGUUGAGUUUUCAGAAUUAUACUAAAGCCAUUGAUAUGUGGUCCGUUGGUUGCAUCUUUGCGGAAAUGCUUGGUGGUAAACCUUUGUUUAAAGGACGUGAUUAUGUUGAUCAAUUAAAUCAAAUUCUGGGAAUCUUGGGUACUCCAGAUGAAGAAACUUUAAGAAGAGUUGGGAGUGAGAGGGCUCAGGUUUAUAUCCGUAGCCUACCAAAAAUGCCAAAAGUUCCUUUCUCACAACUUUAUCCUAAGGCAAAUGUUUUAGGUGAAUAUGAACUUACAAAUAGCCUUUAUUUAUUGUUAUCUAUAAAUGAUAAUAAUAAUGAAUUACAAUAUUUAUGUUGCUCUUUAGCGCUUGAUCUAUUAGAAAAACUUCUCAAAUUCGAUCCUGCCGCAAGGAUCACUGUUGAGCAAGCCUUAGCCCAUCCUUAUUUAGCUGCAUAUCAUGACGAAGAAGAUGAGCCGGGGCAUGAUGAAAUGUUUGAUUUCUCGUUUGAAUCUGUUGAUUCGAUAGAAGAGAUGAAGAAAAUUAUUGCCCAGGAGGUGAUGUCUUUUAAAGCAUCUAAGCAAGCAUCGUUAGGACUGAAUUGUGCACAAUUAGGACGUAAAGCAAGUUUGUCAGCGCCUGACCGCGACGCGUUAGCUCAGCAACGUCAACAAACUAAUCGCAAUUCUUUCUACGAAUACGGCGCAGCUAGUCAACACGCAGCUAUACCUUCAGCGAGUAUGGAAGUGGAUGAAUUAGAAAAAGAGUUAG